CGGAAAUCCCAGUGCCAAGUGUACAGUACUCGAUGGAAGCGAUAAUGAAGUGGCUGAUCCUCGCGUCGUGCGUCGCCCUCUCCCUCGCCACGGACGGAUGGACGAGCUGCGGUGGGUCGGCGACCGAGGUGAGUCUGCUCAUCUCUGGAUGCUCGGAGGUUCCUUGCCACUUCAAAGCGGGGGAGGACAUCGACAUCUCCGUCCUCUUCUUUUCGGGAAGCGAGACGACCAACAUCUCGACGUCGGUUUACAUCAUAUUCACGGACCUUUUUCCCUUGGACAUCACCGACGAGAUGGAACUGAGUCGAGGGGGAUGCGAGAAACUCCAGAUCGGAGACUGUCCGCUGGAGCUCCAAGAAUACGUCCUCUAUUUCAGUGAGGCCAAAGUCAUCAACAUGCCAGGAAUUUGGGGGGUGAGUCUCCCUCCCUUCCGUCUCCCUGGCUUCCGUCUCCCUGGCUUCCGUCUCCCCGCCUUUCGUCUCCCUGCCUUCCGUCGUUUCCAUCCGAGUUCUUUGGUUCCAUUGCGUUCUUCCUCUCUUCCAGGAUAUCCCGAUCGGGUUCCUCAUGGAGGGAGAUGA